AUGGCCAUUCAAAAAGAAGUAUCCUGCGAUGAUGUGAAGGCCGAUGACUCUGGAAGUUUUGUGGUUUCGGGGGAAGGUAAGCGUUAAGGAUCUGAAAAGGUUCAAAGAGGUGUUUCAGAUUCCGGUGAGGAUGCGACUUCCUCGGCAAUUUUAAUAGAGAGCUCGACGGCAGCUAACAGCGGAGGAUCUGCAGGAUCUGGACGACCUAGUGAAGAAGGCGGUCCUGGCGGUCCUGGAGGUCGCGGAGGAUUUGGAGGACCUGGCGGAGCAGGCGGUCCUGGCGGUCCUGGAGGUCGCGGAGGAUUUGGUGGACAAGGUGGCCAAGGAGGUCACGGAGGGCACGGACCGGGAGGCCCCGGAGGACCGGGUGGACCAGUUCAAGGCGAUCAUCCAGGAGGAAACGGAGAAGCUGGCGGUCCUGGAGGUCGCGGAGGAUUUGGUGGCCAAGGUGGCCAAGGAGGUCACGGAGGGCACGGACCGGGAGGCCCCGGAGGACCGGGCGGACCAGUUCAAGGCGAUCAUCCAGGAGGAAACGGAGGAGCCGGAGGUCAUGGAGGUCAUGGCGGCCAUGGAGGAUCCGGUGGAUCCGGAGGACAUGGAGGACAAGGUGGAGAGGGUGGUCACGGAGGUCAAGGAGGCAAUGGAAGAGGAGGAGAAGGCGGUCACGGAGGUGAAGGAGGCCAAGGAGGACAGGGCGGUGGACCAGGAGGGUUCCAUGGAUCCGGAGGUGCUGGAGGAGCUGGAGGACGAGGAGGAGAAGGAAACGACGGAGGUCCAGGAGGAUUUGGUGGGCACGGAGGACACGGAGGAGCUGGCGGAGGAGGAAAUCCUGGAGGUCCGGGAGGACCAGGACAACCGGGAGGCUCUGGAGGUCCGGGAGAGCAAGGAGGACACGGAGGAAACGGAGGAAAUGGUGGAUCGGGAGGCGCUGGAGGUUACUCGGGAGGAGAAAACAAGAAUGACUGCGCUUCUGGCUCCGGCGUGCAAAUAA